AUGGCUGCCUCUCUUUUAAGAACCCAGUCAAUAUACCAUGCUAGAUCCAACAGCUUGCCCUCUAGGCCACACUCACUCAGUUUAGAAGUCGGUGAGUACUUGAGCAGACUAAGAUCCUCUGAGGCCACCUCUAUAUCUUCAUCAUCUAUAAGCCGACAAAUAAGUGGCCUCCAAGAUUUGAAUGACUGUGUUGAUAAGUUGCUUCAAUUGCCUCUGACUCAGCAAGCUUUCAGCCAGGAGCACCACAAGGUGCUGGUUGAUCAAGUGUUGGAUGAAUCUCUUAGGCUCUUGGAUCUGUGCAGCAGUGCCAAGGAUGCCUUGUGGCAAACAAAGGAAACCAUACAUGAGUUUCAAUCAGCCACCCUAAGAAAAAGGAGUGGUGAAAUUGGAAUUGUGGAUGAGGCACAAGCGAAGCUCACCAGCAACUGGUCAUUAAUUUCCAAGCUGAUGAGCAACGGGAGAAUAACGUGCGAGGAAGAAGAUGAAAACGAAUUUGGUCUGGUGGAUUCAGCAUUGGGGUCCUUCAUUGGAUGCAAAUCAGGUGACGUCAUAAAAACUGAGAACCCGCAAGGCAAGCUGCAAAACUUGGAGCUGUGUGUCGAAGAUCUUGAAGGAGUUGAGUGCCUCUUUAGGUGCUUUAGUCAAAGCCAGAGUUUCAAUCCUCAACAUCUUCAACAACGAGAAUUGAACAUAUGUAACUGA